CUAAUGUUUUAUUCCCCAUAUUUAGCCCAUGCUGACGCGCAUAAAGAAAGAAGGAGCCCCGCGCAAAAAGCGCAACGGAUCUCCAGGGGCGGAGUCCUCAGGGUCCGAAGACAGCGGCCUGUCGACUUCUGUGCCUAUUGUAGCUACCACUGCCAUGACAUUAUCUGAAAGGUUUGGUAAAAUCGCGCAGUGGUCAGCCGAUAGGGAACGCCGGGACAUUGAAAACAUGCGAAUCACUAAAACUGGAAGCAACAUGAAAGUCAUGGUGGAAGAGGACGAAUUCUUGUAUGGAACUCCACCUAGGAGGUACAGUAUAUCUCCAGUUCCUCAGGGUCACUAUCCUGAUGAACUGCUAUCAGCCGGACAGUCCAGACUAGCUGCUUGGGACGAUGUUCGUGUGCGCUACCAGUAUUAUAAAGAUUUAGGAUAUUUGCGUGAUUUGUCAUUGGACGACUAUGUAAAAUGGGAAGAAUGGUGGUAUAAAUAUCAAGAUUGGUUAGCCAAUGAGAGACACUAUGAACAUUGGCUGGCCACUCACAACAACCCUGGAGGCAGGAGGCGAAAGAAGCGACUACCCGCAAGCCAGCGAUUAGGAAAUUAAGAUUGUAUCAUUAGAUUUGUAAGGAUAAGGCGCCUUUAUUUUGGUUCUUUUGACUAUCAUCACGUUAGGUCACAAUAUCAAGUCUACUUAAAGUUGUGUACAUAUUGUUUGCUACGUUAUCGGCUCGGAAAAGGGACGGGUUUUCUGUCACUCCCACCCUUGGUUUGAAAAACGCCCAAAUUCUACUUCUUAUUGCGUAUUUUAGUUUAUAUUUUUACGUAAAUUAUAUCUGGGUUUGAAGAGGUAUUCCAGAAUUAAGAUUGUUUUAAUUACUUGAAAGUAUACAGUGCUAGUUAAUGUUUGCUAUGUAGUCGAGCAGUACUUUGAAGGUUCAAGUGAAAACCGAUAAAUUAUAUUUUUAAGCCUACGAAAGCUCCAUUAUGAAUCUUAGGUUGAUCUCUGGCGCCCACAGCCAACCCAGCAAAUUUUAUUUGCCAAACAGUAAUGCAGAAAUCCUGAAUCAGAGAAACCGUUUUUCGCUUCUCCUGUGAAUUUAUAAAGAAAGACUUACGAUGUUUUGCACUUUAACCAUCGAUUUGGCGAUACAUGAGCUCGAUUACAACAGCAUUAAGAUAUGGUUAAUUCAGUUGGUCCGUUAAGUCCUUGAGAUCUGCAACUACUUCAGAGGCAAUUUAUUCAAUAAAUUACGAAUUUUUA